UCCCAGCCUACGACGCCUCCUCCAGUCCUACCGGGAACCCGUUGAGACUAUACGGAACUAAAAGUAAACUAACUGUCUGAUUCCCUCACUAAACCCAUAUUUUUCAUUCUUUUAUAUCCGUUUCAUUCAGUCCUUAUCUUCGAACUCGCUCUCCUUUGCCUCUGAUCUCGUGGUUUCUGGUUCUGCCUCGCACUGGGACUCCAACUCGACCCCAACAACUGCCCAAAUUAUAGUCCACUGACUUCUGUGACCGGUUUCAUCUGCAACUCUAAAUCCAAAACACAUCGGAAACUCGCCCAUUUCUAGACGUGACAUGUUCACUUUUUCCUCCUGAUUCUUCAGAUCGACCAUUACUCCCCCCCUGCUCUUCCUGGCCUCUACCAUGGUCCUGAAAUCGACCAGUCCGCCGCAAUUGCAUGCUUAAAUCGUCCUCUCCCUCAUUCCCGACUCGCAUUGAUUGAUCCGCAGCCGUGGUAUCAACAUGCAGACCUCACACUUGCCCGCCUCGACAUCCCGGACUGUGUCCCAGGAUCCGGACCGUCCUUCUACGAGAGGGUCCAAUGACCCUCCCGAACAUUCGGUCCAUGUACGAUCUCGCUCAACCGCACAUGCUCAGAGUCCCAAACGCCUCUCCGUCUUCAGCGGUCGCUCCCGGAGUAACACUACGACCUCCACUACCUCCUCGCGUCGCUCUCCCGCCUCCUCUAUGACCUCCGCCGACGCUGCGUCACUGCCAUCGCAAGAGGAGCGCACUGCUCCCGUGGCCGGUGUUCGCACUGAGCGACAUGAAAGCAUGACCAAGUCGCUCUUCAACCGCGGCAGUCGCAUUCUACGGCGUCAGGGCAGCAAGUUCAAUAUCGCCGCUACCGUGGAUGAGGAGGAAGAGGUAGAGCGUGAGAAGUCUCGCUUCGGCCGCCACAAGUCCCGCCAAAGCGAUGCCCAUGACAAUCUCAAGAGUCUUAUCUCUGACCCGUUUGAUUUUCACCAUCUCACCCACACGAGUCAAUCCCAAUUCCAAACCUUGGACAAGGCUCGUGAAACCGAUUUGGUUACCGAAUUCUCUGCCAUUCGGGCCUCACAGAGACCCGUGACGGGUCUGAAGGGCAUUCGUGCUGAAGACCUUCAUUUCCGUGAUUUUUCCUCCGAGGAUCUCACCAAUUGCGGAACGGCCAUAGCAGAGGAUCGCCCCGAUCCAGUUAGUCCGCCGAUUUCGCCAGGCGCGACUUCGCCCUCGUCUGCAUCUGCCAGGAGUCCCCGAGACGUCAGGCCUCCGAGGGAGUCGCGCGUAUUCGAGAAUUUCUCGCGCCCGGUUCCCAGAUAUCCCCGGGCUGGAUCGACCACCCCGCCGCCAAAGACCUCGCCCCGACUGGCGGCCUCUCCGGAAAUCUCAGAGCCAGCUCCUCGGGCCAUCGAUGAAAUUUUGGGUCUCACGUCUCCGCCGACAUAUCCGGAGCAUGUAUAUUCCAACGAUGACGACGAUGUUCGCCGUGGCUCUCAUCUCUCCGAUAUGAACCUCGAGGCCAUGUUGCCAACGGCCAGUGGCUAUGCGAUUUCCACCGGGCCUAGCAAAGAUAUGGCAGGAACAGCAAGGACUGCCUCGAUGUCCUUUACCAACCUGUCUUCUGACCUGGACGACGUCCCUGAAGAAGAGGAGGCGACGCAUUGGCAUGACAGUCCCGAGUCCCACGCUGAGAGCGCGAUCUCCCCUUUUAGUGUCGUUACGAAUGGGACGGGACCAGCAUCGGUGGCUCGUCCCAAGUCCGACUUGUCGAUCAACGUGGCCGAGGAGCUGUCGAGGAAAUUUUCCGAAGCACUUGGAUCGCCGACACUGCCUCAAUAUCGCCUGGACUCAGUUGUGUCCCAGGACGGCCACACAGUGGGAGAAGUUCCCCAGAGACGACCUUCCAUCCUACCCGAGCCCACGUACGAGACAAUCUAUGAAUCCUGGGACGCCGACAUUGACUACUGCUAUGAGCAUGCGGCAGAAUCAAAUUCGAACUUUGACUGGGCUCGCAAUUCACUUGAUGAACAGCGACGCGGGGGUAUCGGCAUACCCGUUACCACACCUGGUCCCGACAGCCCGUUUGAAGAUGAAGGCCAUGGCGUCCUGCCACCAGUACGUUUGUCGUGCACGCUGCCUACCCCUAUCGUGGAAUCCAGCCCCUCUGGUUCUCUGCCGGGCUCGCGCCACCCCAUUCCUUCCGGCCCUGUGGGAUAUGAGGGCGAGCUGAUCGUCCCUCCAAGAGAAGGCGAGUUCUUUCAACCCGUGGGUUCCGCAAUCCUGCCGUCUCCCUUUGGCAAACACGUAACCCAAGAUACGCUUUACGAGGAAUACCUCUCUGCCGACGCGGAGUCGGACCGACAUUUCUCCUUCUGCUCGCAAGGAGUGAUUCAGCCUAUGGAGCAUCCCGUUUCCCCGCGAAGCAGUUUCUCUCCCAUUAGCAAAUGCAAUUCACAGGAGAGCUUGAUUCUAUCCCGUGCGGCAUCGGUUGUUCGCAAGCAUCGGUCUUCUGUUUCGACAACAAGCGUACCCGAGCUUGUGCACAGUCUGGCCAACAGCAGAGAUCUAUCCAUGGGUGACCAACUGUCCUCAGGGGAGCAAUCCAUGCCGUCCGCCUCGCCAUCCUUCUCCGGCCUGGGACGCCCUGACUCUUCCUCUCACCAUCGACAGACGAAGAGCCUGGCGCGAGAGAUCGAAAACCAGUUCUUUUACCGGACCGACAAUGCAAGCCGGGAGUCUGCAGAGCUGCCGGCUUCUAUUAGCCCAUCCAUUCACGAUCGGGCCAAAUCCACUUCGGAGGUUGAAGCGGCCCCUCUCGUCGCUCAGGCUGCCGCGAAAGCUGAACUCCCGCCUAAGGGGGCACAGCGGAGAAAGGGCAGGACCACCUCCUACUCCCUCUUCCCGACCAACUAAGCUGUCACAUCAGCUUGUUCUUCUCCUUCUUUCUUCGUCUUUCCCUUCCUCUUUCCUCUCUCAUUUUCUACUCCCUCCUGUCUUUGGGAGGAGCUUCCUCUUACAAGCUCGUUGAAAUCACAUUUUCAACGUCGAACCAUUCACUUAUAGACCCUUUGUACGACCUGAUGAUUUUGAUCUUGCUUAUUCAGCCCCAUUUUCUUUUGCUUAUGUUACUAUUCGCGCCUUUCUCAAGGCCUUGCUAUGAUUUUCUUUGUUAUCUGCGGUUUUCAAAACUCUCGUUAGCAUCAUUGUUGCAUUUCUCAGCGGUUGUUUCCACAGGAACAAAAAGUGUUGGGUGUUUUUAUUCGGGGCGAGGGAUUGGGAUCAAGGCAAAAAGGGAGGUUUUCUCUUAGGUACUAUAUUGCUAUUAUUGUUCAUGGCUGUGGUUUGUUCAGCAUGUCGGUCUUUGAUACGAUGGGAUCUGGGUUUCUUUGUGUUUUUGGAUUUGUCUGAUUAGUUUAGAGAUGUUUUAUUAUGUGACUAUACACAUCGACCAUAGAGAGAAAGAAAAUGACCAAUUUUGAGAACAUGUGGCAUCCUCUGUAGUGAGAAGAAACAUCAUCCUCAUCGCGACAGGAAUGAAGGGUUGACUGAGCCUUACGUCAUCCGACUCUUCCAACCUCACCGCCGUGGGUCAUUUUGCCGUCCCUUUUCGACUCGCCGCAUUCCCCGACGGUUCUGC